AUGUCAUGUGCCCUGGAGGCUCAUCUCGCCUGGAUAUCGGCCCAUGAUUGGGUUCUUCAGAGGCUUGAGGAUGAAGAGGACAUGGGUCAUGGUGCUUCCAAGUCAGUAGUUGUAGACGAGGUUCUAGAUUUGCUCGAGCAUUUGCCACGGGAUGUUGACUUGAAGGGGUUUGGUGCUCAGACCAGUCUUCGCACACCAGAGCUUCUCCCUCUACUUGCUGACAUGAUGGUCAAUGGUCGUGUACUUGAUGCUCUUAUUGCCGCUAUCAAUGAUCAUGCAGAUGAACACAAUGAUACUGCUGUUGAGACACUUGAUUUUUCAAAUAUAUUAUUCCUUGGUGACACAUGGUGGUCAAAGUAUCAUUUCGACAAAGCCUUUACUCAGCUGCAUCACCUUGGAGACUCGCUUCACAAUGGCACCAUACAGCGCAUCAUUUUCUCUGUCAAUAUUACAGACUCCUUUUCAUGUGCAAUCACGGCUCUCAAUACCAUCAAGCACACUGUCUUCAACCACCACCCGCUGUUUACCGAUGACUCGAAAUAUUGUCUUCGCAUGGAGGAGUUUUUGAUGUUGACAAAGAGCCACUUCGAGUCUGAGGAGUUACUUUCUGAGUCUUUGGAGAGCUCUUUUGCAGAUGACACAAGUGAUUUCAGCAUCAAAUUUUUAUCAUGUCCUCCAUCAUAUCCCAGUCUGGUACCAGCAACAAGCCCCUCCCCUCCACCGACAACAUCUAGCUCAGAACGUGUUUCCUUGAAUCUUAGGGUUCGCGAAGAGGACAAAUAUGUUGGUUUGUUCAAGUACUUUCCAACUACGAUGUGCGAGGAGCAUCUCAAAUUGGCAUGGACUCCUUUCUCUUGGGAGCUAGAGAGUCAUGAGCGGGAUGCCCAUAGGGUUCAUGUUGAAGGAGUAGAAAGAGAUAUAUGCCGACGUGAGGGAAAUAGGGAAUGGAAACAAAUCCAACAUGCCCGUGAAAAGGCUGUGAAGAAAGCCACUACAAAUCACACAUCCAACAUUGCUCCUGCCCUCCCAAUGACAGAUCUUGCUGAGGUGUCUCACCCAUAUCGCAAGAUUUGA